CAUGUUUUAAUGAUUCUGAUGGGAUUUUCACAGAAUAUGUUCUCAGGAUUUGGUCUCUUUCCAUUAGAAACAUCAGAACCGGAGAAACAACAUUUUCCUGCUCUGCUCCAAACUGGGACACAGGAUCUGAAGGUUUCCACUGGUUUCCUGUCAGAUGUUCAUCAGGUUCUGCUGGUUAAAGAAGAACCGAGUCCUGAUCUGGACCAGAACCACCCAGAGCCCGUCCACAUGAAGGAGGAAGAGGAGGAAGAGGAGGAGCCCUGGAGCAGCCAGCAGGGGGAGCCGCUCAGCGUGAAGGAGGAGGCUGAUGCCUCCAGGUCUCCAGUCAUUGCUGUUCUCAUAAAGAGUGAAGAUGAUGAAGACGAACCUCUGAUCUCUGAUCUUCAUCAAACAGAAGAUGGAGAACUGCCAAGCAGCAGCUCAGCUCAGCAGAACCUGAAAGCAGAACCUGAGGGAGAGGAAGAUGAUGAGGAGCAGCCUGACUCAGGGUCUGAAACUGAAGACAGUGAUGAUGAGUGGAAGGAGAGCAGGACUCCUGAGUCAGACGUCAGCAGAUCCCUGAGCUGCUCUGAAUGUGGCCAGCAGUUUAACAAGCAGCGCCGCCUUCAGAGUCACAUGGCCGAUCACUCAGCAGGAACGGCUUCAUUUAGAGAGGAGAAACCUGUGGAGCCACCAAAGAACGCCCAUAAGGUUCUGAAAUAUUUUGCCUGUGAAGAAUGUGGGAAAAGCUUUGACAAGAAAAGUCAUCUAAGCAAACACCUGAGAGUUCACACUGGAGAGAAACCGUUUAGCUGUGAUCUGUGUGGCCAAAGUUUCAGCAUUAAAUCAACUUUAAACAGUCACAUAAGAAUCCACACCGGAGAGAAACCGUUUGGUUGUGAUGUCUGUGGACACAAAUUCAGCAUCAAGUCAUCUCUAAACAAACACAUCCGGAUCCACACAGGAGAAAAACCUUAUUCCUGUGAUGUCUGUGGACAUAAAUUCAGUGCCAAGUCAGCUUUAAAUAUGCACACAAAAACCCACACAGGGGAGAGACCAUUCGGCUGUGAUGUCUGUGGGCAAAAAUUUAGCCGAAAGGCCACCUUGAAUCUGCACACGCGGAAGCACACAGGGCAGAAACAUUUAGUUUGUGAUGUCUGUGGGAAAGGAUUUAAUGACAACUCCAGUUUAAAGAAACACUUCAGGAUCCACACGGGAGAGAAACCCUUUGGCUGUGACAUGUGUGGGAAAAGCUUUAACGAUAAGUCAACUUUAAAAAAACACAUGAAAAUUCAUAUUUUUUGUAAUGUUUGUGGAAAAACCUUUAACCAAGAGGCAAGUUUAAACAUUCACAUGAGAAUUCACACAGAAGAGAAGCAUAUGGUUAUGAUUUUAUUGCCAUAGAUUCUCAUGUGUGAGUUAGCUUAACGACGGAGUUCCA